CCUUAAGUAGGUUAUAUGUUUGUCAACAAUAAUAGAGACGAAGUUAUAUUUUAUGGAGAGUUCUAUCAUGGAAUCAAGAUUAGAAUUUGAAUUCAACGAAAUACAAAGGCAAGAGAAUGUUACUGGAUGUGUUUUAGCAGAUCCAAAGGGCCUCUGUUUAUUAGCCUCACCUAAUAUUAAAAAUGAAGUUGCUGGAUUGGUAACAGCUAUCGCUCAGCAUGCUUCUUUGAUUGAACCUUCUGGGAAUACGCAACCUAUUGUUCUUCUUGAAAAUGAUACCAGGCAGUGUUUAAUUCACUGUGAUGAAGGAAUAACUACAGCUAUCUUUAAGAAAAUCCAAAAUAAUUAGAAAAAGGAUUGAAUUAUGCAGUAAUUUAUUCAUUAAACAAAUUCUUCCUUU